AUGUCACGGGUGGUGCUCUUCGCGCAGGAUGAUCAUGCAGCAUCUGAAUGCUUGGUGCCUUUGAGCUCAGGCCACCGCGUUCUAGGCGUCGGCCAUGGCGCCAAGACCUCCAUCUUCGCCAGGCGCUGCGUGGACCUGGGCUUCGGCUUGGCGAAUGCCUUGGAGCCGGAGGUCGUGACGGGCGCCAUGGAGAAGUUCCAGCCGGAGCUAACGGUCUUGGUGCCGGACUUGGAGGAGCUUCCCGAAGCCUUCAGCGCCAGCACUGGAAGAUGCUACGUGGUGAAGGUGGGCCUCCAGAUGCCCGGAGCGCCGUGGCCUGAGUUUGCACCCAUUUGGUUCCAGAAGGACAGUCGCGUGGCGAUUUGCCGAAAGGAUGGCCAAGAGGUGGGUGCCGAGCUGGUGCCGGUGGGCAAGGAAGAGACGGCCCUCUCCCUGCGUGCCAAGCAUGCGCUGGUGGCCAGUCGUCUUCUGCAGACCUUGCUGGAGAAAGGCGAAGGGGCCUUGCCAAAACUUGAGAAGGUUGAUGACACUCAAGAGCAGGCACCCAAGCAGAUCAACCUGAAAUGGGACGAGGAGGGUGCGGUUUGCUUGGGCUGGGCGGUGCGAUGGGUGUAUGGCGACAUGCACUCGACGUGGAGUGGUGCUUUGAUGACGUGGCAGACUAGGUGCGAUGCGUUGGACGCGCCGAGCUUGCGUGGCCGAGACACCCUGUCCGGUGCCUUGAUCGAAGAGCGAGCUCGAGCCUUAGUUCAGGAGCGCUUGAGACCAAAACCUCGACCAAAGUUGCUGGCGGAGCAGUUUUUGCUGAACUGCCCAGUGCAUGGCCAGAUGAACCUACCCAACUAUGUGAAGUUAGUGGUGGACACGCCCGAAUUCCAGCGGAUGAGACAUAUUAAACAGCUGGGAGUCUGUGCGCAUGUCUUUCCGGGAGCCAAGCACGAUCGCUACUUUCACAGCAUUGGGACGGCUCAUCUGGCCCUGCAAUUCAUCCAAUCCAUCCGGAAGCAGCAGCCAGAGCUGGGUAUCUCCGAUCGGGAGGAGGUGUGCGUGACCUUGGCUGCGCUUUGUCACGACCUGGGUCACCCGUGCUUCUCCCACAUGUUCGAGGCCUUCAUGCGCCAGCUGGGCAAAGAGAAGCGAGAAGAGGCGAGGUCGAUGUGCCAAAGCUUUGUCCCUCAAGAGGUGGAGAAGAAGAUUCAAAGCUUUGAGACCUGGGAUCAUGAGAAGGCAUCUUUGGUCAUUAUGAAGAAGCUCAUUCAUGACCUGAAGGAUCACUUGCACGAAGUGGGCCUUUGUGUCGAUGAGGAAGGGGAUGAUUUCGAGCUCAUCGCUGAACUCAUCCACCCGCCAACCCCAGUGCUCCGGCGGAUGCUCUCUGCAGGAACCUUGAAGAGCGGCUGGUCGACGAUCAUGAAGGGUCGAAGAGUGGAACGAGCUUGGAUCUAUGAGAUAGUGAGCAAUUGGAGGACGGGGAUUGAUGUGGACAAGUUCGACUACAUGAGAAGAGAUGCCCUCUUCUUGGGCAUUCACAGACAGUGGGAUCACGUUCGCUACAUGAAGUCGGCCUGGGUGAUUUCCGACGCGGGCGUCUUGACCAUCUCGCCACCGGAGAAGGAUCGGGCCAACAUCAGGGAAAACUUGAUGGAGCUCCGGAAGAUGCUGCACGGCACGGCGUACCAGCACAAGACGGUAAAGAAGCUCGAGCUGCACAUGAUUGACAUCUUGAAGUUGAUGGAUCAAGUUCCAUUGGUCUCUGGACUGAAUGGUCAAAAGAUGACGAUCAGUGAAGCCGGCCUCAGCCUGUGUCCAGUGGCGUAUCUGAAGCUCACGGAUACCUUCAUUGAGAGUCGGCUGCUAGACAGGGAGGAUCCAGCUCUGCUGCAAGCCUGUGAGGAGUACAAGGCCCGCUUCUUGGACCGGAAGCUCAUGCGCCUGGCCUUGUCCUGGAACUUACCCAACAUGCGGGAGGUGAACGGUCUUUCUCGCUUCCAGAUACCCAAGGAGGAAACCUUCAUUGAAGAGGUCCUGGCAUCUUACAACUCGGAAGAGAUUCGAGAGGUCGAGAAGGAGAGCAACCCUUGGAGCCCUGUGGCAAAGGAUGAACUGCGGGUGGCCUUUGCCAAGUUGACCUAUGGUAUGGGAGAAGAAGAUCCCAUCCGACACAUUGUCUUCCAUGACAAGAAACAUCAGAAGAAGGACACUCCGGACGAUCCGGAUGCCAAUCCGUACAGGAGCAAGGCCUUCCUCUUCUGGUCGCCAUCCGACUCAGCGCGCUUGCACGACGACGCCACGCGGACGCGGCUGAACGCCGCCGGGGAGAAAGUGGCGGAACGCUUAAUGGGGGAGGAGCCUGACACCACGCCCGCGUCUCCGUUGAAGAAGCGGCGGAGAGUGCUGGAGUUCCAAAUGAGCCAGGACGACGGGAACCGAAAGCUCGCGGACCGAAGAGAAGAGAAGCCCGGUGCCGCGCGGUGCGCGGGCGACUCGGUGGACCGCUACAUCCGCGGGAGCCUCUUCCCACCGCACGAUCCAGCGGUCGUCGAAGUGCCUGGCAAAAGUGAGACCUACUUCAUUGAGAGUAUGGAGCAAUUCAACGACUUUCGCAUGAAGGUUUUAGAGGAGUCGGGCACUCGUGGCCUGCGUCUCAAUCAACGCAGCUAUGCCGCGGACACGCAUUGGUACUCCAAUGUGGGUGGGAGCAUCGUGAAGAUGGGUGACUCAGACAUCCACAUGCCCUUGAAGACCUCUGAGAAGAAGCACAAGGCCAUCAUUCCGGGCGCUGCCCUGGGCGCUCGGAAGAAGCUGCGCAUGAACGAGCCUCUCAUUGGGCCCAAUGCCGAGCGCUAUUGUAGCGCUGCUCUGGCGUCGGGCUGGAUUGGCUCGGGACUCCAAGCCCACAGCCGAAGAUGGACGACACCAGAUGACAGCAGUCGAUACAACGCGGAGACCGUGAGAUCGGCUGAUCGAUACAAGUCAGCGCAAGCGCUUCCGGAUCGACGGAGCGCCUCCAAAGCUUUGGAUCAGGAGCCACUGGGAGUGAACGUGCGAACGCCUUUGGGCCGUGGUGCUUGCUCAGUGGUUUUUGCAGGGACGCACCGGAAGACCGACUUCAGCGUGGCGAUCAAGGCCAUGAGUUGCGCCAUGCCCACAGAGAGGGGCGCCUUGCCAGUGGCGACAGGCAUCGCCAACGAAAGCCAAGUCUUUCGCCAUCUCCUGGAGAGAACGGGAGGCAACAGUCACCCUAAUGUGGUGGAGCUCAUAGGCUGCUUCGAUGGUGAUGGCCGAGAAGCCUCCGAGAUGGGCUUAGAGGUACCACAGGAGGAACGUGUGCACUACUUCGUGACCGAGCGUUUGGAAGGAGGCUCCAUGGACGAGCUGCUGUCGCCCGAUGGAGUCCCCGAAGACUCCGCCCGGGCGGUCGCCAGGAAGGUGUGCGAGGGGCUGGCGAGCUUGCAUGAGCAAGGUGUCGUGCAUCGAGACUUAAAACCGGGCAACGUGCUCUUCAGCAAGAGCGACACCGGUGAGGCCAUCCCAAAGCUCAUCGACUUCUCCCACGCCGCCGUGGCGAAAGACGGGGAGGAGUCGCUACGAGGAGAACUUGGGACUCGUGGCUACGUGGCACCGGAGGUGCUGGCGGAGAAGCCCUAUGGCUCGAAAUGUGAUGUCUUCUCCCUGGGCUGUGUGGUGCAUGCCCUGCUGAGCGGGAGGCCGCCAAGGAGGUGCCUGAGGAUCGGCAUGGUCCAGCAACUGCCUGCGGCGGUCUCCCGCGAGGCGCGCGCCUUCCUCGCGCGGCUGCUGGCGCUGAACGCGCUGGAGCGGCCCUCGGCGCAGGAGGCGUUGUCCGAGCCCUGGAUGAAGGAGUGA